AUGGUGGCGGGCGCACCUCUGGAUUUUCGAUUCCUCGACGAGGGGCUAGGCGGCGCCAAGAACAAGAAGCGCAAGCGCGAUGCCGAUCAGGUGGCGAUUGAUGUGGAGGACCAGCAGCAGGAGGAGAAGCGGCAGGCGAUGGCUGAGGGAGAUUCCAGGGAAGGUGUCGGGGCACAAGUGGAAGGAGGUGAAGACGUGCCGCGCGUCAGCGCUGCGGGUGAGCGUCGAGGGCAGCAGCCUGGAGGAGCGCGCCACAAGCGCAUCGCGGCGGAGUUCCGGGAGCGCAAGCAGCAGCUCAAGGAGCAAAUCCGGGCCAACAAGAAAGAGGCUGGAGGACUACAAGAAGAGGAAGGAGGAAAACGUUAA